AUGAUUGCUCUACAGCAGCACACCAGCUAUAGCAUGUCUUCCCCUACGAGUACGGAUAUCCUCCUCCGCACAGCGGACAGGGAUUCACAGUAUUCCCUGGAGCACUCCUUCUACACGGAUUAUGGGCUGAGUGACAGUUUGGACGGGAGUUCUGCGGAGCUGACCGACGUGUUUGAUGAAGAUUGUUGGGUAGGAGAGGUCAGCAGUCCUCCUGUCCUCAACCUCUGUCAGAAAAUCGCAGCGCAGCUGGAGAAUUAUCUGUCCGACGAGAAUCUGUCAGACGACGCCUUUUUACUCAAACACGUCCAGAGAAACAAGAUGGGCUACGUCAGCCUCAAGCUGCUCACCUCCUUCAAAAAGAUCAGGGAGUUGACCCGAGACUGGCGCGUAACGCUGGCCGCGGCCAAAACCUCGCCCCUCCUGGAGGUCAAUGAGGAGGGCACCAAAGUGCGGCGGAAGACGCCCGUCCCUGAUUGGCUGCUGUGCAUCCCAACCAGCAAACUACUGCUGGCCUGGAACCUCCACAGCAGCGGCUCAUCUUCCACAGAAGAGGAGAGGGAGGGCGUUACUGGGCAACACAGUGUCAUGGAAACGGCCAUGCAGCUGUUUGGUCGCCAUGGCACCAUAACCUCACUACGCAUCCUGCGCCCAGGAAAGGAAAUCCCCACAGAACUUAGACGCUACGCCAAGAAGCACACGGAGCUCGGCCGCAAGGUGUGUGCCGUGGUGGAGUACGAGUACCUGGAGGGAGCUCGGAGGGCGUUUGAGGCGCUGAGGACGGAGGAGACGCAGGGGGGGCGUGCGGGCAUUCGGGUGGCGCUGCUGGGCUCUCGCGGCACACGCAAGCCCAGAUCCAGCCAAGACGACCCAGAGGAACUGUCUGAGAUCGGCCUGGAGAACAGCAGCCCGAAAAAGCCCAACCGCAAGGCCAGACACUUCCUGUAUUCGCUGGAGGACUCUGCUCUGUACAGCUCCUCGGAGUCGGACUUUGCCCCGGCUUCUCCGCGACCCAACCGAAGAGUGUCCCGUCCACAGUCUCUGUACGGCAGCCCGCUGACCAUCCCCAGGGUCUCCACUCUACACCAGGAUCCCUAUCGAAACCCGCUGGGCAGUCCCGUCGGGAGCCCCCUCCUGCCCCGAAAACUCCUCCCCACCGGCCACGGGAGCUCCCCCCUGGCCACGCCCCAGCUCAGCAGCUCCCCAACCUUCAGCAGGAGGCAGUGCUCUGGCGAUUUCUCCACCCAGGAGAGCUCCACGUUUGUGGGAAGCCCUUGGGUCCAGAGACGUAGGCGUGCAGCCAAAGCCGUGCAGUCCGAGAAAUGCCACCCCGCCACCCAAGGGCACGCCAAGGGCUCCGCUGGCAUGUUUGUGGCCCGCCAGCCUCUAGGCCCAGACGGCACCAGAGGCUUCCACAACUGCAUCGGCAGGGGCAGGGUACUGCUGCAGUAG